AAAAAAAUCUUUUUGGCUUCGCGUCUUCACGGCCCGGUCCACAUCUGGGAGGGUCAACCGGGUCGAUGCAGCGACAAGACGGGAAGUGGAUGAACUUGCGCCACUAAACGAGAUAUUUUCCCAGUAUGUGAUCGCCUGAUUUUUUUGUUUUUAAACCAAUCACCAAUAUCCACCAUGAGGAGGGAAAGGAAGUGCAUUCUCUGUUAAACCAAUCACCAACAUCCACCAUGGGGAGGGAAAGGAAGUGCAUUCUCUGUUAAACCAAUCACCAAUAUCCACCAUGAGGAGGGAAAGGAAGUGCAUUCUCUGUUAAACCAAUCACCAAUAUCCACCAUGAGGAGGGGAAGGAAGUGCAUUCUCUGUUAAACCAAUCACCAAUAUCCACCAUGGGGAGGGAAAGGAAGUGCAUUCUCUGUCUGAUUAUCUACAGCUCCAAACAGGAGAUGGAUGAGCAUAUGAAGAGUAUGCUGCAUCAUCGGGAACUGGAGAACCUUAAGGGCCGGGACUGUGGCCACGAGUGCCCGGUGUGCCGGGUGACCGUGGUGAGUCUAACGGACUACGCCGACCACAUAUCCAGCAGGGUGCACAAGCAGCGCGUGGAGACGGCGGAACGCGAGGGUGCCGGGAACGACCAGGAAGAGGAGUACUUCGACAAGGAUCUGAUCAAACUGAUCGAGACCCGGAAGGAAGUGAUCAGGAGGGAGGAGGAGGCUGCAGCGAAGCGUGCCAGAGAGGAGGCGGAGAAGAGGAGAGAGGAAGAGGAGAGUAGGAAACGGCAGCAGCAGAUCCAGAAGUGGAGUGACGCACGGCAGUACUUCUGCCAGAAGGGGGCGUUGUGGGACUGGAGAUACCCCAACAAAACCCCUCCACCACCACCACCACCACCUCGAAAAUGCAAGGGGCCCGCCUGGCAGGAGCAGGGGGGCUGGGACUGCAGUUCUACCCCCGCCGGGUGUCGAGGUCCCUGGGAGACCCAGGAGGACAUCAGGUUCAACUGGUACGACAGGAAACAGGGCCGCAGUGCCACCUGGCACGCCCAGGAACCACCCAACGUCUACAAGUGGAGCGCCGGACAGAGAGGCAGUGGCAGCCUGCACAGCAGGGAGGGAACCAAUAAGAGAUGGCAGCAGGAGGAGUAUCUCCAUCCCCCAGCACAGCAGCAGAGCGGAGGGAGGGAACCCAGGCAGCAGAACAGCGGAGGAGGAGGUGCUACCGGUCUAUACGCCAGCAGCAGAGGGGGUCACGGACUUCCCGGUGUGCUCGCUGACCGUGUCAUGACUGAAGGGCCGAGCAGCACGGAGUCUCUUCACAGGAUGGACUUCACCAGCGACCAGCUGGAUCCGGUCGGGUCCUUCGACCAGCUACACAGAUACGCUCGCUUCGAACCGCAGGAUGACGGCCGGAAGGGUGGACACCAGAACAUGGCCCAGGAAGGGCCAGCCGGGGGAGCCGAUCACGAUCGUAAAAGUGGCAUGGGGCCCAAGGCGUUCGGUAGUAAUCCUAAACUCGACAAGGCCUGUCGCUGGUCCCCUUAUCCGUCCCAUAAGGAGACCCACCCUCAUCCUCACCCCUCAGAGAAGCACCCAAAGGGUCCUCCUCCUCCCCCAACCUUCCAGACCCCCUUGGUCCAGGGCAGAGAUGUGGAUCCGAGGCCCAGACGUGACAUAACGCUGGACCUCCACCACUCCUCGGGUCUGAAGCCGACUCAGUCCAGACAGGACCUGCGAGCAGGCCAGCAGCAGAGGUCUCCUGAUCAUAGUGUAGAAGGGAGGGAACCCAGGAAGCUUAGAGACAUCUCUACAAGGAUCAGUAGCAGUGAUAACAGCAAUAGUUUGAGGACAGACAGACAAACCUCCUCUUCCUCUGGGUCCACCUCCACCAGACGGAGGGCAGCUAAACCAUCAGAGUGCCUUGAGAAAGGCCUGUCCUCCUCUUCGACUACCAGCCUCAAGACCCACCUGGGUAGGGCCUCCAGCCCCACCCUCAACCUAACUUCCAGCCCCAAGACCCACCUCAGUAGGGCCUCCAGCCCCACCCUCAACCUAACCUCCAGCCCCAAGACCCACCUCAGUAGGGCCUCCAGCCCCACCCUGACUUCCAGCCCCAAGACCCACCUCAGUAGGGCCUCCAGCCCCACCCUCAACCUAACUUCCAGCCCCAAGACCCACCUCAGUAGGGCCUCCAGCCCCACCCUCAAUCUAACCCCCAGCCCCAAGACCCACCUCAGUAGGGCCUCCAGCCCUAGCCCCUCUACCACCCCCAGGACCCAGCUGAGCCGAGCCUCCAGCCAGGACUCGGACCAGCCUAGGUUGUCCAGACACAGAAGCCAGGAUUUGGGGAGGAGGCAGGGAUCAAAAUCCCCCCAGCAGGACCAGGAGCAGCUGCUGACCGAGAUGCUGAGGAGAGCCAAGGAGACACUGCUAGACAAGAGGAUCUCCGUGGAGCUGUCUGCUGUUAACAACAGGACCGAGGGACAGAAGGCAGUGUCCAACGACCAUAGGAUGGAGAAAAAGGAGAGGAAGAUGGUGCUACACAUCGAGGAACAACAACCGGUUGAGAGCUCUGCUGGCGUUACGGUCGCAGACGACAACAGACAGAAGAGAGGGAAGUCGUCUAGACAGACCAGAGCUAGCAGCAGAGCGACGAACCCAGCUGAGGACUUAGCUAGCAGCAGAGCUACGAACCCAGAUGAGGACAGAGCUAGCAGCAGAGCUAACCCAGCUGAGGGCAGAGCUAGCAGCAGAGCUAACCCAGCUGAGGGCAGAGCUAGCAGCAGAGCUAACCCAGCUGAGGGCAGAGCUAGCAGCAGAGCUAACCCAGCUGAGGGCAGAGCUAGCAGCAGAGCUAACCCAGCUGAGGGCAGAGCUAGCAGCAGAGCUAACCCAGCUGAGGGCAGAGCUAGCAGCAGAGCUAACCCAGCUGAGGACAGAGCUAGCAGCAGAGCUAACCCAGUUGAGGACAGAGCUAGCAGCAGAGCUAACCCAGCUGAGGACAGAGCUAGCAGCAGAGCUAACCCAGUUGAGGACAGAGCUAGCAGCAGAGCUAACCCAGCUGAGGACAGAGCUAGCAGCAGAGCUAACCCAGCUGAGGACAGAGCUGCUGCUACUGAGCCUUUAGAGACCAUGAUGGAGUUUGUGACGUCUCCCUCAGACAACCACCUGUCUGUUCAGUCUGUCCAGGUCAGCACUUCCACAAUGGAGUCCCCAGAGGGGGCUGUGCUCUCUCUCUCUCCCAGGGAGGAGGCGGUGGGGGAGAGGGAGGAGGCGAGGGGCCUGGUGGCUGGAGAGGAGGCCAUGGAAGUAGCAGACGCAGGGCUAUGGUCAGACAGUGACCCCUUGAGAACCAUCGAUCCUAACCUUGACCUCCACACGACCUCUGACCCCUCCUCAGGCUCCACCCAGACCAAACCCACCCUGCCCCUCGGCCUAAAGAGGGACCUCACCCGACACAUUGGCUCCAAGACCAAGAGCGGCAGCCACGAGCCCAAUCUGAACAUAGCCCGGCGGAUUAGGAACGUGAGCGGGACGAGGAGAGGGGAUGCGGAGAAGGAUAUGGGGCUGAAGCCAACGUUAAGACAGCUCAUCAGUUCGUCGGGGUCACGACGCUGUGUCAACUGGGACCAGGUGUACCAGGAAGUCCACAGGAAGAAGCAGCAGCAGGGGAAAGGCAUGCCCAGGUUUGGAAUCGAGAUGGUGUCCUGUGACCAGGAGGGGGAAGACAUUCCUCUGGCCGAGGGGUUUCAGUGGGAGACCCUCUUCGGCCUCGGAGACUCUGGACCCGCCUUCGCCCCAGUGACUACUCGCAAACGCAGCCUCUCGGAGAGUAGCGUGGCUCCAGACCGCUCGACCGCCAACCUCUCCUCUCUCUUCGGGGGUCAGACCCCUGGUCAGGCGAUGCCAGGAGAGCGGGCACCCGGAGAUGGGGCUGGAAGGGAAGUGAGAUGCAGCUCAGACCAGCAAAGCUCCUCGUCCUUCAGAGACCCCCAGCAGCCUAAAGUGGAGGCGACACCGUGUGAAGACAGAGCACAGAGAGAAGUCCAGGGGCCACUACCAGAGGGGCCCCCAGGGGUCGAGCCGAGACCUGACUCCGUGAUAGGGGACAGCAGCUCGGGGACGGAGCAGACCGACACGCAGGGAGCCAGGAUGAAACGACGUGCAGCUGGGGACAUUGCAUGUCCUGAAAUCCCUCAUUCAGAGAGGAAGAGUAAACGAAUGAAGGUCAAGUCCAAGAAAGAGCGUCUACAGGUGGACCAUCUCCUUGCUGUGUCUCUGAGAGAGGAGGAUCUGAGCCGGUCUCUGCAAGGGAUCGACAACAGCCUGAUCCAGGCCAGGGCUGCUCUACAGGCUGCCUACAUGGAGGUCCAGCGCCUCCUAGUGGUCAAACAGCAGGUUUCCAUGGAGAUGAGUACUCUCAGAAGGAAGCGUAUUGAGUUGCUCCAAGGGAUACAAGGUGGUGUUGAGAGCCUUUCCCUGCCCAGAGUGAAGAGCUGUGAAGAGGAGAUGCCUUUAGAGAUGCCCCUGUCCCUGCUCUCGCCUCUAACAGAACCCCCUGUCGCCAGUCCCAACCAGGUUCCCCUCUACCUCCCCCCCUGCUCCACGCCCCCCUCCCUGUCCCCUGGCCACCAGACCCACCCCCAGCCUAUCACACGGUCAGUAGUUAUCAAGCAGGAGCCCCUGUCCCCUGGUAGGGUGACCACUAAGACGGAGGACGCGGAGAGCGCAGUGACCGUCCACCACGGCUCUCACAGCACCACAGAGCCCACGCCCAUCCCUACAGCCACGCCCACGCCCAUCCCUACAGCCACGCCCACGCCCAUCCUUACAGCCACGCCCACCCCUACAGCCCCUCACGCAGAUUGUGCCGCCAGCUGCCAACCGGUCCGAGGGAGGAAGUCUGAGCGUCACAGAGUCCGCAGAGAGCUCUCUCAAGAGGGCAGCGGUCUACCCGUAGGAGCAUGUGUAGAAUGGAAGGACCCCUCGGCAGGUUCACCAGGCCCGGUCCAGUCGGGAGAGAGGGGUGUUCAGGUUACCACAGCAGACAGGGGUAACUUCAAGCCCCACCCAGCCCCACUGUCAGGCCCAUCCAGCCGCAAGAGCUCCAGAGCUGGGAUCCAGGACCUAGAAACCUCCCCCGUCCUUCCUCUGUCCCUCGCUCCGUCCAACGCGCCGCCUCAGGCGGAGGUGAAGACCAUAAAGCGCGUGAGGAAGUUGAAGAAGAAGAGGGUGCUGAGGAAGGCCAAGGGGGAGGAGCAACAGCUUGACAACAGCGACACAGAACUGGAGGCGGAGACUACCUUCUCCCGACCCGUCAGACUCGUCGGAACCCGCAGGAAACGCAACGGCGGAUGCCGUCCCCAGGUCACCACAUCCUCCUCCACGUCCAGCCCGCCCGGAACAUCAGAGGACAGGGGAGAGUGUCCAGGACCACCGGGGUCUCCAGCCACGACGAGACCCGAGGAGAGGCAGGAGGACUCCGACUCCUCUCUGGAGAUGGUCGUGCUCCCCCAGGCAGCUCCAGGUGAGGUGGUCACCAUUGACACCUCGGGCCCAGAGGAUGGAGACAUGGACAUCUGCCCCCGGCCACAGCCCGCUGUCUCACCCCCAACCCCAGACACACUGAAGACGGAGUCCCAGAAGCUGGCCUGCAAUGAGGUGACCUCCACAAGCGAGAUGGAUGGUAGCUCUGUAGCCAAGAGUGAAGUCCAGCUUCCCCUGACAUCUGUCAAGCUGUCCAAGACUUCCUCAGAUCUGUCUCUGGACGGGUCGUCGGAGCCCGGGGGGGAGGAUCUGCCAUCUGAGGGGAUGUUUGAGGGUCACCAGGAGACUGUUAAUGCCAUGCAGGUCCACAUGGGUCUACUCUAUACCUGUUCUGGAGACCGCACUGUUAGAGCCUUCAGCCUGGUGAGCCGUGAGUGUGUGGCUGUGUUUGAGGGCCACAGCACCAAGGUCAACUGUUUGCUGGUUUCUUCUGGACCAGGUCUUCAACAACGACUUUACUCUGGCUCCAGUGACCAGACUAUCCGCUGCUACAACCUCAGGUCCAGGGAGUGUGUGGAUCAGUUCUCUCUCCCAGACCGGGUUCUUUGCCUCCACAACCGCUGGAAAGUUCUGUACGCUGGCCUAGCUAACGGCUCCGUGGUCACCUUCAGCAUCAAGACCAACAAGCAGCUGGAUGUGUUUGAGUGUCACGGGCCGCGGGCGGUGAGUUGCCUAGCGACAGCCCAGGAAGGAGCUCGCCGCAUCCUAUUGGUCGGGUCCUACGACAGCACCAUUAGCAUCCGGGAUGCCAAGAGUGGCCUGUUGCUACGGACUCUCGAGGGACACACCAAGACGGUACUAUGUAUGAAGGUAGUCAAUGACCUGGUCUUCAGUGGCUCCAGUGACCAGUCGGUCCAUGCACACAAUAUACACACUGGAGAGUUGGUGCGUAUCUAUAAAGGACAUAGUCAUGCUGUCACAGUGGUGGCCAUCCUGGGGAAGGUGAUGGUCACUGCCUGUCUUGACAAACUGGUCCGCGUCUACGAGCUACAGUCACAUGAUCGUCUGCAGGUGUACGGUGGACACACAGACAUGGUGAUGUGUAUGGCAAUCCACAAGAAUAUGAUCUACACUGGUUGCUAUGACGGCAGUGUGCAGGCGGUCAAACUGAACCUCAUCCAGAACUAUCACUGUCGGUGGCAUGGCUGUUCUCUGAUCUUUGGAGUAUUGGAUCACCUUAAGCAGCACCUGCUCCAAGACCACGCCUCUCCCAACACACAGAACCUCAAGUGCCGAUGGAAGAACUGCGAUGAGUAUUUCACCGCUCGCAACGGCUCCAAGCAGGGGGCUCCAAGGCACAUGCUGCAACAUGUUGAGGAGGAGUGGAGUGGUCCAGCCCACCCCUGAGGGAGUCUGGAGUGGACCAGCCCACCCCUGAGGGAGUCUCACGCUCCUAACCCCCCUCCCCUUAAUUCCCAUAUUGGGGUGACCCAGUCUAUAAACCUGAAUGAUGAGCGUAUCGGUUAAACAGUGGGGUGAUUCAGCUUGGUGCCAGGUGACUAAUAGCCUGAGAACCAGACCUUUUUGGUGCUAACCUUCCACUUCUUGCCAAUGUUUGGCAUUGACGAGGAGUGGCAAUGAGUGGAAUGAUAGCACAAAACCGACUGGUAUCCAGGCUAAGUUGACCAUCCAUACCAGAGAAUAAUGAUGAUGAAUCUGUGGUUUUGUUAUGAAAGGAGGGAGAUGUGUUCUAGUUCUAGAACACAUGUCUUCCUCUCCAUGGUUCUCUCUUGAACCACUGACCAAAUAAGACAAAGGAACACAGGACUGACUGACUGUUCACCAAGCAAAGAAACCAGGUCUGAAAGAGUCAUUGUUAUGUUUUCUAUUCAAAUGGCUGCAAAUACAUUUUAAAAAUGAAUCCAACCCUCA